AUGAGAUUCUUCAUCGAGGACCUGCCAGUGCUCUUCCCGUACCCCUCCAUCUAUCCCGAACAAUAUGCCUACAUGUGCGAUCUCAAGAAGACGCUCGAUGCAGGCGGUCACUGUGUGCUGGAGAUGCCCUCGGGCACUGGCAAGACUGUCUCCCUGCUCUCCCUCAUCGUCGCCUACCAACAGCAUUAUCCCGAGCAUCGCAAGCUCAUCUACUGCUCGCGUACCAUGUCCGAGAUCGAGAAGGCCCUUGCUGAACUGAAAGCUCUCAUGAAGUUCCGUACUAAGGAGCUGGGCCACGAGGAAGACUUCCGCGCACUCGGCUUGACAAGCCGCAAGAAUCUCUGUCUUCACCCGUCCGUCAAGACAGAAAAGAGUGGCGCCAUCGUCGACGCCCGAUGCCGCAGUCUAACCGCCGGCUUCGUUAAAGAGAAGAAGGACAAGGGUGAGAGCGUCGACGUCUGCAUCUACCAUGAUAAUCUGGACCUCCUCGAGCCGCACAAUCUCAUUCCCAAUGGUGUCUGGACAUUGGAUGGCCUCCUGAGGUACGGCGAAGAACACAAGCAGUGUCCCUACUUUACUGCGAGAAGGAUGAUGCCAUACUGUAAUGUCAUCAUCUACUCCUAUCACUACCUGCUAGAUCCCAAGAUAGCCGAUCGCGUAUCCAAGGAGCUCUCCAAGGAUUGCAUUGUGGUCUUUGACGAGGCGCACAACAUCGACAACGUCUGUAUCGAGUCUUUGAGUACUGAUAUCACAGAAGAUUCGCUGCGCAAGGCCACGCGAGGGGCGCAGAAUCUCGAGCGCAAGAUUACCGAGAUGAAGGAGACGGACAAGGAACAGCUGGAGAAUGAGUAUCAAAAACUGGUCGAGGGAUUGCGCGAUGCCGACGAGGCUCGUCAGGAAGAUGCCUUCAUGUCAAACCCGGCCCUGCCCGACGACCUGCUGAAAGAGGCCGUCCCGGGUAACAUCCGCAGGGCCGAGCACUUCACCGCUUUCUUGAAACGAUUCAUUGAAUAUCUGAAAACACGUAUGAAAGUCCGGCAGGUCAUCUCCGAGACGCCGCCUUCGUUUCUAGCCCACCUAAAGGAGCACACAUUCAUCGAGAAGAAGCCACUGAGAUUCUGCGCCGAGAGGUUAACGUCCCUGGUGAGAACGCUUGAGCUUACGAACAUUGAGGACUACCAGCCACUGCAAGAAGUGGCAACCUUUGCGACUCUGGUUGCGACCUACGAGAAAGGAUUCCUACUCAUACUCGAGCCAUUCGAGUCUGACACGGCCGAAGUCCCAAACCCUGUCCUGCACUUCACAUGCUUGGACGCAGCGAUCGCCAUCAAACCCGUCUUCGAUAGGUUCAGUUCCGUCAUUAUCACGUCUGGCACCAUCUCGCCCCUAGAGAUGUACCCCAAGAUGCUGGGCUUCUCCACCGUCGUCCAAGAGUCGUAUGCCAUGACGCUGGCGAGGAGGUCGUUUCUGCCUAUGAUUGUCACCCGUGGCAGUGACCAAGCUCCAGUGUCUACCAGUUUCCAAGUCAGAAACGAACCAAGCGUCGUCCGCAACUACGGGAACCUUCUCACCGAGUUCGCCAGGAUUACGCCAGACGGGAUGGUCGUCUUUUUCCCUUCGUAUCUCUACAUGGAAUCUAUAAUCAGUAUGUGGCAGGGUAUGGGCAUUCUAGACGAGGUCUGGAAAUACAAACUGAUCCUGGUCGAAACGCCUGAUGCUCAGGAAACCUCGCUGGCCCUGGAGACGUACCGAACUGCCUGCUGCAACGGGAGGGGCGCGGUUCUUCUUUGUGUCGCGCGAGGAAAGGUCUCGGAAGGCAUCGAUUUUGACCAUCAGUAUGGGCGGACGGUGCUGUGCAUCGGUGUUCCAUUCCAGUACACAGAAUCGCGUAUCCUCAAGGCGAGACUCGAGUUUCUGCGGGAAACCUACCGUAUCCGAGAAAACGACUUCCUCUCCUUCGACGCCAUGCGCCACGCCGCACAGUGCCUGGGUCGUGUGCUCAGAGGCAAGGACGACUACGGUAUUAUGGUGCUCGCCGACCGCCGCUUCCAGAAGAAGAGGAUCCAGCUCCCCAAGUGGAUCAACCAGGCCAUGCAAGAAGUGGACGGCAACCUCAGCACCGACAUGGCCAUCAUCACGGCGAAACGGUUCCUGAGAGACAUGGCCCGGCCCUUCAAGGCGAAAGACCAAGAGGGCAUCAGUACGUGGAGUAUAAAGGAUCUGAAGAAGCACCAGCAAAAGGUCGACGAGGAGAAGAUACAGGAGCUGGAAAACAACAAUGAUGCCAUGAUGGAAGCUCUGCGUAGGGCACAGGCCAACCAGAGCGUCGACGACGAAUUCGACAUGGAUGAUGAUGAACUCGACGGUAUGAUGGAGCUUGACGCUGCUUAA